AUGACUGUUGGCCCAAUGAUGCAAACAAUGGACACUUUGGUGGAGAGUGUGAUGGAGAGGAAGACGACGUAUACGUGUGUCUGCGGCCGCGGAUUCAUUGACAAUGAGUUUGCGAUCCAAUGCGAUCACUGCAAAGAGUGGUUCCACGGCCUGUGUGUCAGUCUUUACGAGUUUGAGUCCGAAGAGAUCGACCGCUUCUACUGCACGGCCUGUCACUCACUCGACAAUAGUCUGGUUUUAGUGCCCAAAGCCGUGACCAACAACUGGAGACACAACCCGACGGAACCCAAUCCAACAGAAAAGGCCAUUCAAUCGGGAACUCAAUUAUUCAUUAGUAACCUGAAGAACAAGAAGUUCACGGAUGCGAAGACCGACCCAUCGGUGGUCCGGCGUAUGAGAGGACAACAGUUAACAUUGAAAGAGCUUAAAAGGCCAUUCAAUCGGGAACUCAAUUAUUCAUUAAACAAGAAGUUCACGGAUGCGAAGACCGACCCAUCGGUGGUCCGGCGUAUGAGAGGACAACAGUUAACAUUGAAAGAGCUGCUCCUCAAUGGCUUCAAAGUUCCCAUUUUGAUAGAAACGAAGGACGGCUUAGAGCUAACGGUUCCCACUAAAGAAGAGUUCGGGUAUCGGAAUCUAUUAGACCACUACAAAGCCGAUUACAUGUUGGAUGUGAUUGACGUGAAGAGACAAAUGAAUAUCAAAAUGAGAGUUCAAGACUUUGUCGAUAAGCAUAGCGUUGAAUACGAGCGAAGAUCUCAUGUUUAUAACUGUAUAAGUCUUGAAGUGAGCAAUAAUAGCCUUUCGGGUUCGGUUCGGGCGCCUAAUAUAGUCCAUAAGCUUAGUUGGGUUGACAAUUACUGGCCUGCAGUGGAAUCCCGACCCACGGUCUCAAAGUACUGUCUCAUCUCAAUGAAGGACUCGUUCACAGACUUUCACAUCGACUUCGGCGGCACUUCUGUCUGGUAUCACGUGUUGAGCGGAGAGAAAGUGUUUUUCAUAAUAAAGCCGACGAAACAAAACUUAGAGCAAUACGAGAAGUGGAUGUCAUCGCCGACUUCGACCGACCGUUUCCUGCCAGACAUC